CCUUACAAGUUUUUCUCAUACAUUGGCUAGAACUGCCAUUUACUGUUGUUUAGUCACUAAGCCAUGUCCAGCCCUUUUGUACUCCAUGGACCGUUGCACACCAGACUCCCCAUGGGAUUUCCCAAGCAAGGAUACUGAAGUGGGUUGCCAUUUCCUUCUCCAGGUUCCUAACUUCUGAAGGAAAAUUGGAAGAUCUGGCAAUGGGGGUGCUUGAGCUGGGGAAGCUGCUCCCUUUUGUUUGAUGGACAUCAGACACAGCUCCAGGCUGCUGGGCCAGGAGACUUUUCAGACUGUGACCCGUGGAGUGGGCAAACCUGAUCUGGGUGCUCGUUGAGUGACAGAGCCUCCCUUCUCCACCGUCAACCGUAGGGGGACCUUGGAGAUCACCACAACUUGAAUCUAAUGUGUGGAUGGCCUCUCACACAUACUGGACAAGCUGCAACACCUGUUGGGUCUGGAAUCCCUGUUUUCCAGACAGCCUUGCUCUGAGUCAGAAAAGCACUGAUCGUACUGGCCCACUCAGAGAGGACAUCCUUCAACUAUGCCAUGAAGGAGGCUGCCAUAGAGGCUUUGAAGAGGAAAGGAUGGGAGGUCACUGUGUCGGACCUGUAUGCCAUGAACUUCAAUCCAGUCAUCUCCAGAAAGGACAUCACAGGUAAACUGAAGGACCCCGGGAACUUUCAGUAUCCUGCGGAGACUGUUUUAGCUUAUAAAGAAGGCCGUCUGAGCCCAGAUAUUGUGGCCGAACAAAAGAAGCUGGAAGCUGCAGACCUUGUGAUUUUUCAGUUCCCCCUGCAGUGGUUUGGAGUCCCUGCCAUCCUGAAAGGCUGGUUUGAGCGGGUGCUCAUAGGGGAGUUUGCUUACACGUAUGCUGCCAUGUAUGAUAAGGGGCCUUUCCGGAAUAAGAAGGCAGUGCUUUCCAUCACCACCGGUGGCAGCGGCUCCAUGUACUCUCUGCAGGGUAUCCAUGGGGACAUGAACAUCAUUCUCUGGCCAAUUCAGAGUGGCACUCUGCACUUCUGUGGCUUCCAAGUCUUGGAACCUCAGCUGACAUACAGCAUUGGGCACACUCCCGAGGAUGCCCGAGUUCAGAUCCUAGAAGGAUGGAAGAAACGCCUGGAGAAUAUUUGGGAUGAGAUGCCGCUGUAUUUUGCUCCAAGUAGCUUCUUUGACCUAAACUUCCAGGCAGGAUUCUUAAUGAAAAAGGAGGUGCAGGAUGAGCAGAAAAGUAAGAAAUUUGGCCUUUCUGUGGGCCAUCACUUGGGCAAAUCCAUCCCAAUGGACAACCAGAUCAAAGCCAUAAAAUAAGAUUCACAAGACUGGACUUCCUUCUAAAAAUGUAACCAAAUCUUGGUUUCUAUUUUUGAGCUUCCUUUAUUUGCUUUAGUUUUUAAGAUCUGUGUUUUUCUUUUUCCACGAGGAAUGGAUAGUAGAGAACAGACUAAAUUCAUAUGUUUUUGCAUAGCUUUAUUAAAUAAUGUAACCAAUUCUUAUGAUUGCUAUCAUGGCAAAAUCUGACUAGACUCAAAAGGGCUCUUAGGAUGUAAAGCCAGACAGAAAGUUAGAAAGAUGCCAGAGAAUAUUCUUUAAGGUCCUCUACACAAUUUAAUUCCUCUCUCUUUAGGGAUAUACUUUUAGGAAUAAAUCUGGCUAGAGAGCAUCCAACUCCUCAAUGAUCUAUUUUUCUUUAAUUACCUCUCUGUGGUUUAUGGCAGAAGGGAAUUGCUCAGAGGAAGAAACGACAGAAAUCUGUCUGACCUAAGGGACUUGUUUAAUAAUUGCUACUCUCUGCUUGUUUGUGAUAUAUAUUAGCUUUAUUACUACACAAUGACUACCAUGCCUAUAUGAAUGUCCUUCUUCCUUCAACUUUGUUGUUAGUUAAUACAGAUACCUUGAAAUGAAAAGUUAAUAAAAAUCUUUUUCACUUCAA